GUACUGUUAUGAGCUUUCAGCCAGCUGUAGCAGUAGCAGAGAGGAUCACAGUGGCUUUAAAAUGUUUUACAGCGCUCUGUGUAUCUCUGUAAUACAGGAGAUAAACUUCAUAUAACACGGACCCACGCUGAGGAUCCGUUCCCAUCGAUUUAGCAAGUAUUUCUUUGCUGGAAAGCGGAAUCACUAUAUCCAAUGAAUCAGUGGAUGUUGCCUGGGUUAAUGAAAGUAUAUUUACUGCCGUUGUUUAGAAAAAUAUACAUCCAACAACAAAAUAGUAAUGUGAUUUAGGUGUUAUUGCAUUAGUGGGCUAGUCAUUGCAUUGAGUUGAUUUUAAUUGUAAGAGACAGCAGCUGCAUCUCAGAGAUGGAUGAAGUGGUUGUGGAUCAGAUCAUGAAUGUUGCUCAUCAAGCGGUGUCUUGGAUCGCAUCUGUUGCCAUCAUAUUUGGAGGGGUGGUGCCAUACAUCCCUCAGUACAGGGACAUCCGCAGGACCCAGAAUGCUGAGGGGUUCUCCACAUAUGUGUGUCUGGUGCUGCUGGUGGCCAACAUACUGAGAAUACUCUUUAGGUUUGGACGUUUCUUUGAGACUCCGCUGCUCUGGCAGAGUAUAAUCAUGAUCAUCACGAUGUUAAUCAUGCUGAACCUGUGCACCAGCGUCCGCUUGACCUCUGAACUCAACACCAAACGCCGCUCCUUCACAGCAGACAGUAAGGAUGAAGAAAUCAAAGUUUCUAAGAGGCUCUUUCUGGACUUUGAUAGGAACUACUUCUGGUCUUGGAGUGGUUUUGUGGAUUACCUGCAGUGUGUGCUGGCGUUCACUGUGCUGGCCGCCUAUGUGACGUAUCUGCUACUGGACUCGGUUCUGUUUGUAGAGAGCCUGGGUUUUCUGGCCGUAUUUACAGAGGCCAUGCUGGGAACUCCACAGCUCUACUGCAACUUCCAGAACAAAUCUACUGAAGGCAUGAGUAUUAAGAUGGUGUUGAUGUGGACCAGUGGAGACACUUUCAAGAGCGGCUACUUCCUGUUGACUCAGGCUCCCGUGCAGUUCUGGAUCUGCGGCCUCCUUCAGGUGUGCGUGGACUUGGCCAUCCUCUUCCAGGUGUACUUCUACAGCCGCUUCCCACAGAAACCCGUCUCUCACACCACACACACCACCAGCGCCAAGGCCCUAUGAAACACCCUCGCUUCACUCAGAUCUAUGCAUACAUACAGCAUCUUUAUACAGUGUCCCCAAAAUAUAUCUGGAUUAGUGAUACACUUUUUACGCCACAUCUAAAUAUGCCUGAAUGUCAUUGUAUUUGAUACACAAGAUCAAAUUAUGAUGUUAGAUUUUUAAUUACAAUUAACUUUUUUGUGCUUAUGUUUUCUUGAAAUUAUUGCCAUGUGUUUUUUUUUUUAUGCAAUGAAAUGUCAUUCAUAAUUGUUCAGUGUUGUUUAAAGGAAUCCUUAACCCAAAAAAAAUGAAAAUUAGCUAAAAAUGUACUCGCCCUCAAACCAUCCAAGAUGUAGAUGAGUUUGUUUCUUCAUCAGUUCUGGAGAACAAAAAUAGCAUUAAAUUACUUUCUUAACAAUGGAUCCUCUCCAGUGAAUGGGUGCCGUCAGAUUGAGUCACCCAUGAUGAUUUUUUUCUUACAAAUAGUUUUACUCUUCACUAGACGUGAGUUGAUGGACUGGAGUGGUGUGGAUUACUUGUGAUGUUUUUAUCAGCUGUUCUCAUUCUGACGGCACCCAUUCACUGCAGAGCAUCCUUUGAUGAGGAAGUUAUGUAAAACUAAAUUUCUCCUAAUAUGUUCUGAUGAAUAAACAAUCAUGUUUCAUUUUAAGAUCAACUAUUUCAUGAAGUGUUCAGAUUUUUGGUGCCACUGUAUAAAUAUACAUUGAACCAAAUGUUACAUGCAAUACAAUAAAGAUAUUCAGUUAUAUUUACACAUUUACAUACAUAUACAAACCAGUUCAAGGUAAUCACCAUGCUUUGAAAACGUUUGCCUUACAGACUCUCAGAAAUGUAUCUGACAUCAGAUGGAUGAAUGUACAAAGCUUUUGUUACAAGAGUUUAAUACAGUGACUGCUGUUUUAUUUGGAGAAGACUGUUUUUAACUCAGUGGCUCUCUGUGGUGUUUCACACAGUGAAGGCCCAUUGAAGAAAGCCACUGUGUCAUGUUGAACCAAAAAAUUAAAAAAUACCCACUUCA